AUGUUUUAUAAGGCUGUUUCCGAUAAAAAAUGCACUCCCUCUCCUUUACGCAAAUGCUCACAAUAUCAUGUUCCUAACACUUACUUUUCGAAGCAACCCCUAGAGCGAUCAUUCGAGCCCAUCGAGAAACAAAAGACAUUGAAUGAUGAGUAUAACGAAAUCCAAAGAUUACAAUAGAUUAUCGAACAACUAAAGGAUGAAAAUGCUUAUUUGCGUUCUGCGUUACAACAAUAACACCUACAAUUUUAAUACGAAACCCAGUAGUUGAAUUAGUAAAUAGUCAAUAUGCAAUCAGAGUAACAAUCACUAAAAUUGGCAGUGAUCGAUCCAACUCUACAAAACAAUAAGAUGAUCUCAUAUAUUGAGGAGUUGUCAGCCUAGCAUCGAAAUCUCCAAGUUCUAUACCAAGACGCAUACUUACAAUUGCAACAGGCAGAUAUCUAUUCCAAUUAAAUUAUGCUACUUCAGAAAGAAUUGAAAGGCAAGGAGGAUGAAAUUUAAAUACUUAAAAAUGAACUGUAAAUUACUAGCAAAACAAACACGGAGUAAUCAGAAAACCAAAUAAUUUAUGACUUUCUCAAAAACAUUAAAUAAUAGUAUAAUGAUGAUGAAUGCAGAUCAGUACAUUUAUAUGAUUGA